AUUACAAACUAACCAUAAACUGUAGUGCAGUGAAUCUGCUCUCUUUUUCUUUUAAUUUAAUUUUUCAGAUCGAAAUGGUUUCAUCGGCUAUGUGUUUAUAUUUCGUUGCACCCCAUUCCUGUACUAUGCUACCGCAGGUGCCUGAAAAUGUAUUCUGUUGGAAAAAUCAGGAAAGGCUAAUGCACAACUCGCAUUGACAAGCUUGCGUCACUGACCGCGAUAAUGGAUAACACUUUGGGAGAAAAGAGGGAUUCGCAGGACUGGCAGGAAAUUCACUUGGAUGAUGUUGCAAACACGCAAUCUCCACGAGCGCGCAUUGACACAAACGCGUCCACCAACCUUAGUCAGAUGGAGUCCUCGUGGGAGGAUGUGCAUCCGGGAAGUGUCCCCGUUCUUCCCCAUUCGCGUACAUCCAGCACUGGGUCAUACUCCAGAAAUACCAAAAGUAAAAAGUCUUCCGAUCUCAAGUCAAGACUUGUGCGCUUUUUGCGACCACAUAGUCGCCGCUCCUUGGAACUGCACAGAACGCAAGAAAUCUUAAUGGAGAAAAAUGAAGUGUACCAACAAACUGUGGGCCGUGAUGGGAGAUCUUUUAAUGGUUCGCUUGAUCCGGCCUCGGUUGCGGAUUUAACCGCUGCAACGGAAUCUGCAGUUGCUAAUCACGAAAACCGUUUAAGCACAACCGUGGAAUCCGAGGAAAAUGUAACUGCGCUGCCUAGACAUUUGCGCAUAGCACGAACACGACUUAGCGUCUCGGAGAGUGAUUCCCGCACUGCACGAACGCAGUUCUCAAAAGGACGAAGUUUGUCAACAGUUGGUGAUUCGCCCAUUGUCAAGUCUGUGCCGCCAUAUCAUUAUCGAAAUACGGAAAAUCAGAGGAGGACGCGGCGGAACGUGUCAAAACAGAAUCGUACCAUUGGAAUUGUGGGUGGCGAGGAUUUUAUCAUGAAUCCAACCAGCGGCGACAAACUGGUUGACUACAUUAAUUCCGCUUGGAACAAUGUUAAAUACGGUUGGAACGUAAAACCUAAAGUUCAUCUCAGUUUGAAAUCUUCCAUUUGGAUUUUUGGAGAGAUCUAUACAGCCGGGAAUAAUCCACACAGCGAAGAAAAAGCGGCUGUUUACAAAAGCUUUGUAAAGGAUUUUAAAACUCGAUUGUGGUUCACCUAUCGGCGAGAUUUCUCUGCUCUUGCCGGCACUACACUAACAAGUGAUUGUGGUUGGGGCUGUAUGCUACGAAGUGGUCAAAUGAUGUUAUCAGAAGCCCUUGUUCUUCAUUUCCUGAAACGCGAUUGGCGUUGGGAUAAGGAAUGCAAUACAAGGGAUCAAGAAGUAUAUCACCGACAAAUUGUAAAAUGGUGUGGUGAUUCUUCCUCCCAUGACCAGUUAUUUGGGCUACAUAAAUUAGUGGCUGUUGGUCAGAAGUGCGGCAAACGGGCUGGCGACUGGUAUGGACCGGGGAGUGUCGCCCACAUUGUACAAAAAGCGAUGACGAGCGCAAGAGAAACCAACCCGCUUUUAAAGGAUAUUCAAGUGUACGUGGCACAAGAUUGCACGAUUUUUAAGGGAGAUAUAAGGGACAUACAAGCGAAGGGUUUGUCAACCGGGACAGAGUUGGCUUUGAUAAUACUGGUUCCUGUGCGUCUCGGUGGAGGUCGCAUCAACCCGGUUUAUCUUCCUUGUUUACGGAAUCUUCUGACGAUUAAAUACUCGAUUGGAAUUAUCGGUGGGCGACCGCGACACAGUCUGUACUUCGUUGGCUGGCAGGACAAUAGCGUUAUUUAUUUGGAUCCGCAUUUUUGUCAGGAUACAGUAGACGUUUCAGAGAGAAACUUUAAACUUGAUAGCUAUCAUUGUUCCUCUCCUCGAAAACUGGCGAUGAAUAUGGACCCUUCGUGCACGCUAGGAUUUUAUUGCCGGGAUCGUGACGAAUAUGAGGAUUUUAUCCGAACUGUCUCCGAAGUUCAAACCCUGUAUUGUAAAGAUUUUCCAAUGUUUACGUUUUCGGAUGGUCGUAUUUCUGACUACGACCGGCAGGGUUUGGAUCUCAAAUCUUUUGAAGCGGACGCAGUUGUGCAGUCUUCCGUUAUCCCUUUUAAAACUCCCGAAACCGUUCCGAGUACUAGUUCUUCUUCCAAGGUUAAAGAAAUUGAGGAAUCGGUAGAGUUUGUCGUGUUAUAAGCUUCACCUGUCAGUUUUCGUUUUCCUUCUUUGCAUUUAUGACGUGGCCUUACUUACUGUAAGUACAGUAUUCUCGGCCGAACAACGGAGAUAAUGCUUUAAGUUGUGAUAGUUGCACAUUGGCUGUGUACAAAUAUAGAUACUCGUAUUUAUACUGUAUGUGCCAUCGAGCACAAUUUCAUGUGUACUACUUACUCUUAUGGUUCUGAUGCCGGAAUUGAUUAUGCUGGGGCUUAAUCCUGUUCUUCCACUUCUGAAUUCUCAAAUUUUGUAUUUUAAUAACCAGUAGUGCGAUGUCUGAUUUGUCAGUAUUUGCUGUUGUGGCUUUUAGAUUUGUAACAGUUAUUUUUUGUGAUACUAUGUAUAUAAAUUUUUUAUGAGA